AUGCUAACUGGGAAGGAGACCUUCAAUGGCAUCAAUAAAUGCCACCGGUGCUCCUUGAGUGGGGAUGAUCUGAAUAGACAGUGGCUGGCUCCCAGCUGCCAGCUCCAUCCAACCAUUUACCACACCAAGGGCCUCCUCUACUAUCUGUGCAGCAUUGGCCGGGCUCCAUUGGUAUUCUGCGACUAUCAUGGCCAUUCCCAGAAGAAGAAUGUGUUCCUCUAUGGCUGCAGCAUCAAGGAAACCUUGUGGCAGGCAGGUUGCACCAUCAACACAGCCAUUGUCACAGAAGACGUUGGCUACAGGGCCCUCCCAAAAAUCCUGGAUAAAGUGGCACCUGCAUUUGUCAUGAGCAGUUGCAGCUUCCUGGUGGAGAAGUCACGUGAAUCGACAGCACGGGUAGUAGUGUGGCGGGAGAUUGGUGUGUUGAGGAGCUACACAAUGGAGAACACCUACUGUGGCUGCAACCAUGGGCUCUACAAGGGCCUGCAGAUUGGAACACAAGAGCUGGAGGAAAUGGGAGCCAAAUUCUGCCUGGGACUCCUCAUCCUGCAGCUCAAAUCAUUGUCCUGCAGCAAGAAGCUGAUGGCUCAGGCAGCAGCCCUGCUGGAUCCAGAGGAGGAGAUUGCAAACCGUUGGUCACAAAGGAGCAGCAGCACCAGCAGCCUGGAGACUGAUGAUGAACCUCCUUGUGCGGAAGAUGUAGAUUACCAUACUGAUAGCUGCUCUGACCAGGAGGCGGACUUCUCUGGGCUAGAUGAAGAGAUCCAGGAGAUCUCCUUAAGGGCAGAAGGAGAGAGAGAAGAAGAAGGGGCCAGCGAGGGACAGACCUUCUGUUCCAGUGUUUUUGGAGGGUUUUACAUUUCCAGCCACCAAGCAGCCAAUAGCAAAGCUCUCCCUGUACCAUCAACGCCACUUGGAGUGUUUGCCGGGUGUGAAAGCAGCCCUGCAUGAACAGAGCUCUGACUUACCAAGCAAUAAGCAAAUGGAUCACUGCUCCUCUUUAGCCAUUUGCUAGCUUCAGCUUCAUUCCCAAAUGUGUUGCCCCAGUUUUGCAUGGAAAACUGACUCCGUUUGUGUAAUAUAUAUAUACUAGUAGAGGUGCCUGGCUUUGUGCGGGUCAGUAACUAAAAGAAUAAAUGAAAA